UUUUCGUCCCCCUUCCUCUUCCUUGAAUCCUGAACAACACGUCAAAUAUACCACCAUCGCCUCAUUCAUCUUCCAUUCACACCACAUUCUAAAUACACAUCUCCUUAUCUCUUUUAAGUGCACUUCAAAAAAAUGGUUAAAGCAAUCUCUGCACUUCUGGCCCUCUCAGCCUCUCUCUCCGUUGUCUUUGGCCACGCCGCUGGCCACAAACACCUUAGCGUGCUCGAAAAGCGUGGCACCAGCGCCCCCGAGCCCAGCCCAUGCAGCUCCACGUAUGUGCAGGUCGCAAAUGGUUCCUGGCCUGUUUUGGAUUGCAUUCCCUUUGUGCAGGAUCCUCAAGUCCAGACUUGGCUCAAGCUGGUAGAUUUUACAAAGACGCCUGUCUACCCUCUUUCGAAUGACGGCCUUUGCCCGACUGAUUUGACAACCAUCCCUACGGCUCAGUGCUGGUGGACUUGUCAGAAGUGCACCGCCCCUGCUGAUGUUACCUUUUGCCCCAAGACCAACACCUGGGGUCUCACCUACGAUGACGGCCCAUCUCCCGAUUCCCCUCGUCUUUACGACUACCUUGCGGCCCACAACCAAAAGGCCACACUCUUCAUCGUCGGCUCCCGUGCGGUCAGCUACCCCGCGACCUUGCAGCGCGCUUACAAGGAGGGUCACCAGAUCGCUAUUCACACCUGGUCCCAUCCUUCGAUGACUAGCUUGUCGAACGAGCAGGUCGUUGCAGAGCUCAAGUGGACGGAGAAGGCCAUUUUCAGCAUAAUUGGUGUCACUCCUCUAUACUGGCGUCCUCCUUAUGGUGAUGUCGAUAACCGUGUUCGCGACAUUGCUACCCAACUUGGUUACAAGACCUCGAUCUGGACCGAUGGUUUUGAUACCAACGACUGGAACAUUCCCGGCGGAACGGCUACUCCACAGUCUGUCAUUGCUACCUUCCAGACCUGGCUUGCCAAGAUCCCAACUAUGAGCACCGGUUUCAUCGUACUUGAGCAUGACCUGUUCCCUCAAGAGGUCAACGUCUCGAUUACUGGCAUCUUGCCCUUGGCCUAUGCCGACAAGUCUUUGAUCAUCGAACCCAUCGCCAAAUGCGUCGGCGAUGCCAAGCCCUACAAGGAAGGUGCCGGCACUUUCGUCCUCGGUGGUUCUGCCAGCAACACCACCGCUACUGUCUCUGGCUCCAGCGGCAGCAGCGGCACUACGACUGGCUCCAGUGGCGCUAGCAGCGGUCCAACCGUCGUUGCGAAACCCAGUAGUGCUCUCAACAAUGCUGUUGCUAACAGUGGUCUCUUGAUCGCCGGAUCUUCGGCUCUCAUGGCCAUCCUUACUAGCGUUUUUUAAAGUUUUUUUCACAUGCAUUAAAAAAAGGAUAAUUCUGUUUGACAAUCUUGAAAUCCUCGAAAAAAAUCCAUGUAAAAUAUUUUAGUGCAUUGGCUCAAAACUGAGCGUAAGCCUUUGGUCCGAUUUUCAGGGUAAACGAGCUGCACGGAUUUCCGCACGGGUAAUCUCUUUGACAACCCGGGUUGAUUGGCAGUCUUACUUUACAACCCCUGCAGGAAGUCCAUGGAAAACACUUGAUGUAUUUGCCGAAGUUAAAGGCAACCUGAGCGUAAAUAACACACCCUCUCGUGAAUCAGCCGCCGUGUGAACACAGGAAAGGUUUCUAAGUGCUUAAGCACCUGACACCCCAUUAUCGCUGCACUGCGUCGCCCAG